AGCUCCUAAACUUGACUUCCUUAUUUCCCACGAAACAAGUCCAAAGAGGUAUAAAACGUGAAAACAGAGCCCAGCCUUCAAAGUUGAACGAAAUCAUUUUAUUUUUUCUGUAACCAAAAAAUCAGAGCCUCCGUUGGCAGAAGAAGAAAGAAAAACCCCACAACAUCAACAGCCGCCAUGAAAAAGCUCUACAACAAGAAAGGCAAAGUCCACCCAUCUCCAUCGACGCCCUCCAUAGCCGAUCCUCUGGCUCUGCUCCCCGCAGCCAUUCUCACCCUAACCGCAGCCCUCUGUGACGAAGACAAGCAGGUCCUCGCCUACCUCAUCUCCUGCACCAACAACAACAACAACAACUCAGGCAGCAAAAUCUGCACAACCCACGAGCCCAACAGAAGAGGCGGCGAGGCUGGUGGUCCCCACCUGCACCCUCCUCUGUUCCAGUGCGACUGCUUCAGGUGCUACACGAGCUUUUGGGCGCGCUGGGAUGCUUCGCCCAAUCGCCAGCUGAUACAUGAGAUCAUAGAGGCUUAUGAGGAGAGGCUGGUGGAGAAGAAGAAGGUGAGGAGCUCAAAGGUGAGGAAGGCAGAGAGAAGGAAGAUGAACAAAGUUGGUGAUGAUGAAUUAAUUAAAGGCAGCAGGGGAGAUGGUCACAUGGGUUCUGGGGAAUUAGGGCAAGUGAUGAUGAAGGAGGUGGAGGUGGGCCCAGAUGUUGUUGUUGUUGAAAUGGACGGUGGUGAUUGCUCUGGUAAUGAUGAAGGCUGUGAAGUUGGGAUGGAGAAGGGGACCAUGAGGAGGCUUGUGAGUUUCAUUGGGGACAGGAUUUGGGGUGUUUGGAAUAGGGCUUAGUUCUGUCCUCAACACAGAUAAGUUCCUAAUUACCAAAUUAUUUUCCUGUUUCAAUUUUAUUUUUUUAAUCCCUUUUUGUAAAUUACCCAUCUGUUGUUAAUUUGGGUUUUGCUUUUAGUUGUUGUAUUUUUUUCCAAGAUGGUUUUACUAAAUUGGAUAUAAGUUCCAAUCUGGUGCUGAAUUUUGGAUUAUUGGGAGGGGGUUCCUCUUGUAAAUUAUCUGUGUUUUGCUUCAUUUGUGAGAUUGAUAAUGUUUGAUUCAUCUGCAAUAACAUUUUUGCAGCAUUUAUCUUUC